AUGAAUGAGUAUUCGGAAGAUUUUUUAAAAAAGUUCCACGUGGUAGGAAUUGAGGGCAGCGCCAACAAGUUAGGGAUAGGAAUAAUAAGAGGGGACGGAGAGAUUCUUUCUAAUGUCCGGAGAACGUAUUCUCCGCCAGAUGGUGAGGGAUUUCUUCCUCGGCAAGUCUCAAAACAUCACAGGGAGAAUAUGGCUUCCCUCCUGAACGAGUCUCUUGAAGUUGCAGGGAUUACAUUAUCAGAUUUGAGUCUGAUUUGUUACACAAAGGGCCCUGGUAUGGGUUCAGGACUACAUGUAGGAGCCUUAGCAGCCAAAACUUUACAUUUUAUCACCGGAAAACCAAUUGUUGGAGUGAACCACUGUGUAGCUCACGUCGAAAUGGGACGGUUUCUAAGUGGAUAUAAGAAGCCUGCAAUCCUGUAUGUUUCUGGAGGUAACACUCAGGUUCUUUCCUACGAUGAAAAGCGGAAAGUUUACUCAGUUUUGGGGGAGACGCUGGACAUAGCAAUUGGAAACGUGCUGGAUAGAAUCGCAAGACUUUUGUACCUGCCAAAUAAACCUGCUCCCGGUUUAUCUAUAGAGUUACAAGCUCGAAAAUCAUCAAAGAACCUUAUUCCACUCCCUUUUGUAGUUAAAGGUAUGGACUGUUCCCUUAGUGGGUUACUGACUAAAUGUGAGAACUUAAUUGAGCAGUUUAAACUCAAACUGAUGUUAAGUGAAGACUCGGCCUUUGAAUAUGAGCAGUUCAAAGUUGACCUUUGCUUUAGUAUCCAGGAGCAUACAUUUGCCAUGUUGCUUGAAAUGUUAGAAAGAGCCAUGGCAUUUACUGGUUCUGAUGAAAUAUUAUUGGUUGGUGGAGUUGGAUGUAAUUUGAGGCUUCAAGAAAUGGCAAAUUUAAUGGCGCAGGAACGAAACGCUAAACUGUUCCCCAUGGAUGAUCGCUACUGUAUUGAUAAUGGAGCAAUGAUAGGAUACACUGGGAUGAUAGAUUAUUUAUACGGUUUGAAGGAAAAGUCAGUAUUAGACCCGAAAGAAGUCACAGUUUCACAACGUUACAGGACUGAUCAAGCUCCAGUGCACUGGAUUGGAUGACUAAAUAUCAGUUUAUCAAAAACCGUAUAGAGCAGUGUAUUAGUAGAUUAAUUGGAAGGAUUUGCAAUAAGCUGUUCUAGUCCCUUGACAAGUUCAUUUGUUGAACUUAUCCAACCUUUUAGCUUCUGUCUAACCAACUCUAGCCUAGAUCAAUAAUAUACCAUUGUAUAUAAA